CGAAACGACUUCAGAGGGAGGGCAACGACGCGAACAGGACCCCAGUGGACAAAUAACGGGACGUCCCGCUGCUGUGCGCCACCCACAUCUGGCUGGACAGGGAUGCGCAGCAGCAGCCAGCGGAGGAAAUGUUUCACCCCGGCGUCUCCAACAGCGUGGGCUCCUCCGGGCCUGACGAUCUCUUCGAGGAGGACUCGUACUCUCCGUCCUCCCUCUCCUCCUCGUCGUCGUCCUCCGUCCACGCGGUGUCCUCCCUGCAGGGGAAGACCCUGUGCACCUCCUGCGGCCUGGAGAUCGUGGACCGGUACCUCCUCAAGGUAAACAACUUGUGCUGGCAUGUGCGCUGCCUCUCGUGCAGUGUGUGUGGCACGUCACUGGGGCGACACGUGAGCUGCUACAUCAAAGAUAGACAGGUUUUCUGCAAACUCGACUACUUCAGGAGGUACGGCACCCGCUGUGCUCGCUGUGGCCGCAACAUCCACUCCAGUGACUGGGUGCGUCGGGCCCGAGGCAGCACCUUCCACCUGGCCUGCUUCUCCUGCACCUCGUGUAAGCGCCAGCUGUCCACCGGGGAGGAAUGCGGACUUCUCGAGAACAGGGUCUUCUGUCGGCCACACUAUGACAUUAUGAUGGAAAAUAUCAAACGUUCCAAGGAAAACGAGCAACCAAAAACAGAGGACGAGGUGGCAGACAAAGAGGACUCCAGUACCAUGCCAAGACCUGCUAAGAGGGCCAGGACCAGCUUCACUGUUGACCAGAUACAGGUAAUGCAGACUCAGUUUGCUAAAGACAACAACCCAGAUGCCCAGACUCUCCAGAAACUGUCAGAGAGGACCGGUCUGAGCCGCAGGGUUAUACAGGUUUGGUUUCAGAACUGCCGAGCUCGUCAAAAGAAACACGUCAGCCCACAUCCUGCUUCCUCAACUAUGAUGUCAUCACUUGCUCCUGGUCAGCUGACACCACCUUUGAUGGAGGACCUGCAAUAUACAACCUUCAUAUCCCCGGACACGCCGCUCCUCACUACGCUGACGUAUAUGGAUGUCCAAACUCCGGACCCACUUUUGCUUCAGCCACUCAUGUCUCAUUCCCUGACACAGCUGCCAGUCAGCCAUGCCUGAGCUAUAGCCCAGUUACGGCUCAACUCCUGAAAUCUGACGACGAUUGCCUGAUGGGAAUAUGAAGCAAGUCAUUACUCUUCAACAUAGAAAAAACUCCUCAAAUAUUUGAUGAGCAAACAAAUGGCAAUGAAAAUAUUUCUAUUUUUUACUGCCUAAUAUGUGAGCAGACACUUUAAAAAUAAAUGUGACUGUUAAGUCACUGAAUUAAUUUCAUUCUUCUAACACAGAUGAGAAUAAGUUAAAAAUGUCAAGUGAAAUAUUGAUAUUUGUCGGAUGAUACUUAUGUAAAACUUUAAUAUGUAUUUGUUAUGAAUUUAAUUUAUUUGGAAAGUAUGAGAGAAGGCACUUUGAUGUAAACUUUUUUUUUUUUUUUUUUUUUUUUCUCAAUGUAACUGAGGAAAUAUCAGUUGUGGCAUUUACAAGACAUGCUUUCUCCCAUGUAAGACUACUAGAAAAUACAGCAUUUGGUUAUACUAUGUAUUAAAACCACUGGAGAUGGAACAUUGA